GGACCUGUGAGCUCAGCCAGCACCGUCCUCAUCCAGCAGAGCCGCUGCUGCCAAUUAUGGACAGCCGGCAUCGAUAUUUUUGGUGACGCUGCGCUCGGACCAAACGGAUCGGGAAUAUUUCACUGGAGAACUAUAUUUCAUUUUUAAAGAUGGGAUUAUACAGAAGCGAUCAGAGGGGAAUUACUUGUUUGGUCGGAAUAAAAAAGUCAGUGUGAAGCGGCUUCAGACGGGCCAGCAGAGCCAGACACGACGACAUGGCAAAAAUCUGCAGUGAAAAGUCCUUUUCAGGCAGACACCGGCUGCCCACCAACACGCACGAAGACGAGCUCGCUGUCGUUGAAAAUGGAGAGAGCAGGGCUCAGUCUCUUUGUGAAGACAACUCUGAGAGAGCGCUGUCUUCAGACUCCCACAGAAACUCAUUUACAGGUGCUGGGGCCAUGGCCAGGCUCUCUUACUUCUUCUUCAUGCUGUGGAACUGGGCGUCUCACAGAAUAAACCCUGAAACAGAGAGGCAAGACUCUUUCCUCGACCGCUUCAGAGGCCCUGAGCUCAAAGACAUCUCCAGUCGAGACAGCAAUGCCCAGUCUACGGGCCACAACGACACAAUUCGAAAGAGAAAUCUCGCCAGUAAUUGGCCGCUAGCUACUUACAACAUGAAUAACUGCAACAACACAGACGACAAAAAAGAGGACAAGGAGGAGAUUAAAAAAGAUGAGAAAAAAGAGGAGGAGAAAAAGGACGAGAAGAAAGACGGGGACAAGAAGGAAGAGGAGAAGAAGGAUGAGAAGAAGGAUGAGAAGAAAGACGAGAAGAAAGAUGAUAAGAAGGACGAUAAGAAAGAUGAUAAAAAGAAAGAGGAGCCACCGAAAGAAAUCUGGAUUAUGGAUCCAGCUGCAGACCAGUACUACAAAUGGCUGACUGUCAUCGCAGGCCCAGUAUUUUAUAACCUGAUGAUCAUCGUAACGAGAGCCUGUUUUAAUGAACUCCAGGACUCAUAUGUAAAGCUCUGGUUAGUCUUGGACUACACCUCAGACAUCAUCUACUACGCGGACUCGUUCGUCAGAUCGAGAACAGGUUACCUGGAACAAGGCCUGCUGGUAAAAGAUAAGGGGAAACUGAUAGCCAAAUACAGAACAACAUCUCAGUUCAAAUACGACAUGAUUUCAAUGAUCCCCACUGAUCUACUGUUUCUGAAAUUCGGAUACAACAACCCGGAGUUCAGAUUUAACCGUCUUUGCAAAAUCUCGAGGCUUUUUGAAUUCUUUGAGAGGACUGAAACCAGAACCAGCUUCCCCAACAUGUUUCGUAUCAGCAAUCUCGUACUUUAUAUCCUCAUUAUUAUCCACUGGAAUGCUUGUAUGUUUUUUGCCAUUUCGAAAACUAUUGGUUUUGGAUCUGACACGUGGGUAUAUCCUAAUAUCAGUCACCCGGAGUACGGCCGAUUGACCAGGAAGUACAUCUACUCCCUGUAUUGGUCCACACUGACCCUCACCACCAUUGGAGAGACCCCUCCACCAGUGCGGGAUGUUGAAUACCUGUUUGUCAUUGCUGACUUUCUUACCGGUGUGCUGAUCUUUGCUAGUAUUGUCGGUAACGUCGGUGCCAUGAUCUCCAACAUGAAUGCCUCUCGUGCCGAGUUCCAGGCGAAGAUCGACUCCAUAAAACAGUACAUGCAGUUUCGAAAAGUCACCAAGGACCUGGAGGCCAGGGUCAUCAAGUGGUUUGACUAUCUGUGGACCGAGAAGAAGACCUGUGAUGAGAAGGAAGUUUUGAAGAACCUCCCAGACAAGCUCAAGGCUGAGAUCGCCAUCAAUGUCCAUUUGGAUACUCUGAAAAAAGUGCGUAUUUUCCAGGAUUGUGAAGCCGGUCUGCUGAUUGAAUUGGUCCUCAAGCUGCAGCCACAGGUGUUCAGUCCUGGAGAUUACAUCUGUAAGAAGGGGGAUAUUGGCAGGGAGAUGUACAUCAUCAAGGAGGGGAAGCUAGCUGUGGUGGCCGAUGAUGGAGUCACUCAGUUCGUAGUGCUCAGCGAUGGUGCAUACUUUGGGGAAAUCAGUAUCUUGGGUAUCAAGGGCAGUAAAGCGGGCAACAGGAGAACAGCCAACAUCAGAAGCGUAGGGUACUCUGAUCUCUUCGCCCUGUCCAAAGACGACUUGAUGGAAGCUCUCACUGAGUAUCCAGAUGCCAAAAAAGCUCUGGAGGAGAAGGGGAAAGCCAUCUUGAUGAAAGACAACCUGAUCGAUGAGGCGGUUGCCAACGCCGGCGCCGACCCCAAAGACCUGGACGAGAAAAUUGUCAAACUGCAGAGCAACCUGGAAGCCAUGCAAACCAAGUACGCCCAGCUGAUGGCGGAGUUCACCUCCAGCCAGACAAGGAUGAAGCAGAGGGUCACUGAGAUGGAGGCCAAAGUGAAAGGCAUACAACCUGAGGACCUGUCAGAGGUGGUGGCCGACAAAGACAAAAAAGUCCAGUAAUGUGAGCGAUACUCAAGGACUUUACAGGAAAUGAAGGGAUUUUUCAUUUAGAAUAGAAGAGCGUCACUUUUUAAAGGUCCAUGUUUAUAUCUAUUUAUACAUCUCUGUUGAUUAUCACUGUAAUGUGUCAAAUUGUAAACAAAUGUACAGUGUAUACAGCAAAUAUUUUUGUUUGCAUGCUAUGAUUGACAGCCAAUUUCACGUUGUCAAUAAACUACCUGAGUAUUCUGAUCAGAGGCACUUGUGUAUGCAAAACAAACGGCUUUUAAUAGCCUUAGAAUAAAGUUUUUUUCCCUGAUCACUAUCGACAUUUUCACCAGAAAACAAAGUGAUCUAUCUAUAAAGUAUGAACUGCAGUUCAUGCACAAUUAUGUCUGUUUGUCUGUGCUGUUUUAAUCUUGCUCUGUGAAGCACUUUGGGCUGUGUGUUGUAUAAAAGGUGCUAAAGAAAAAAAAAAAAAAAGAAUGCAACUGCAAUAUCCAUUUGAUACGGUAGGUGAAUGCACAAAAUAAACCCAAAUGCAGUUCUGUUUAUAAGUUAUCAGCACACACUAUCAGUUGUAAAUUGCAAUGUUAUAUGUAA